CAGCAGUUCGUGCUGCAGGUGCCGCUGAGAGCCGGGCGUCUCCUCACAUCUCUCUUUCUUUCUCUCUGUCUCCUUCCGUUUCUCUUUUCUUUCUUCCUCUUUCGCUUCUUUCUUCCACUCUUUGUCUCACCGAGUGGUUUUCGCUCACCUGUACAUUCUCUGUCUGUCACUCUGUCUUCCUCCCUCCCUCUCUCUCUCUCUCUCUCUCUCUCUCUCUCUCUCUCUCUCUCUCUGAGGUCCCGCAGUCUGGCCGGCUUUGCGCCAGCAACAUCCUCCACUUUCUCUCAGCGCUUUUAACUGGAUUGCAAACAUAUGGGGAGCAGAUAGAAGUGCAUGUUCCUGUCUACUGCGGUGGGAAAACAAGAUGAACUCCAAGCCAUGAAAGACAGGAAAGCCCAACUGCUGCCAAGGAUGGUGGUGAUGACUGAACUCUUGGGCUGCUGACCAGCAAAAGCAGCAGAAAGCCUGCCGGUUUGCGCUGAGGGGGAUUUGUCGUCGUCUGCACUGGAGGAGAACAACAUAAAGACAUUUUUUCAAAUUGAUUUUUCAUGUUGCUGAAGUUGUUGUUGAGGCCCCGUGCUGCGCGAGCUGCAAACAAGUGAAGAACAGCAGGAGAAAUGAACUGGCCCGCGGAUCGAUUCUGAGGAUUGUUCCUGAAAAGAGAUGGAGGGCUUCUUUCUGCUUUCUCGUGUCAGCAUCGUUGUGUCGCCGAAGAGUGAAGGUGGAGAGCAGCAGGGAAGCUAAUGAAGGACCUUUCCACGCGCUCCGUGCAGCGGAAGGAUUUGGAAACGUUUGGAUGGAUUUCAGGCUCAUGUUUUAAAGCCUCUCCGGUUUUAUCCCGAGCUGGAGAGGAGUUGAGCGUUUCUUUACGGAAUUUUCUCCCCCGCAUCAGCAGCUGCUGCAUGAAAUCUCUCUCUCUCUCUCUCUCUCUCUCUCUCUCUCUCUCUCUCUCUCUCUCUCUCUCUCUCUCUCACUUUAGACCCAUCACUCGUUUCUUCUUGAAGUAUUCCCUUCUAAAUGGAAUUAGUUGAGGUCGAAGCACGUUGUGAAAGGAACAGACAUGGUACAUGGGCGCAGUUUCCUUCACGCUGUUGCAAGUCUCCUCAUACUUGGGUUGUCUGGGGCAACGAAGAAGGAAGCAGUGAAAAACAACUCAGGGGUGCAGCCGGCAGGGCAGUGCGGAACGUGGGUGAAAAAUCCAGAGGGAGGGCUCUUCACAUCUCCAAAUUACCCCAACAAAUACCCCCCAGAGAGAGAGUGCAUUUACAUCAUUGAAGCUCCCCCGAGACAGUGCAUUGAUCUCUUCUUUGAUGAAAAGUACUCAAUAGAACCGUCAUGGGAAUGUAAAUUUGACCACAUCGAAGUGCGGGACGGUCCUUUUGGCUUUUCUCCGAUAAUUGGACGUUACUGUGGUCAGCAGAGCCCCCAGUACAUCCGGUCAAGUGGCCGCUACCUCUGGAUAAAAUUCGUCGCGGACGGUGAACUGGAAGCCAUGGGCUUUUCAGCAAACUACAACUUCACAGCAGAUCCUGACUUUAAAGACAUGGGCAUCCCCAAGCCUCUUCCUUUUUGUGAGUUUGAAAUGGGUGGGUCUGAAGGCGUCAUCGAAUCGCAGCAAAUUUCCAAAGAUGGUAAAGCAUCUCAGACGGAGGCAGUGGACUGCAAAUGGUUCAUCAGAGCACCCCCUCGCUCUAAGAUCUACCUGCGUUUCCUGGAUUACGAGAUGCAGAACUCUAAUGAGUGUAAGCGUAAUUUUGUGGCAGUGUAUGACGGCAGCAGUUCUGUGGAGGAUCUAAAGGUGAAGUUCUGCAGCACGGUAGCGAGUGACGUGAUGCUGCUGACUGCGUUGGGAGUGGUGCGCAUGUGGGCGGAUGAGGGAAGCCGCCGCAGCCGCUUCAAAAUCCUCUUCACCACUUUCCAAGAACCCCCCUGUGAGGCAGAUACAUUCUUUUGCCACAGCAACAUGUGUAUCAACAACUCACUGGUGUGCAACGGAGUCCAAAACUGUGUGUACCCAUGGGAUGAAAACCACUGUAAAGAGAAAAGAAAAGCUAACCUUCUGGACAACCUGAACAACACGAACGGCACCAUCAUUGGGGUGACCUGCUGCGUAGUGCUGAUCCUGCUGGUUGUAUCUGUGGUGGUUCAGAUAAAGCAGCCACGGAAGAAGUAUAUCCUGAGGCGGGACGAUUUCGACCCCACCGUGUUUCAGGAGGUGUUCCAGGAGCCGCCGCAUUACGAGCUGUGCACGCUGCGGAGCGCUGCCGCAGCCUCCGCUGACCUGGCUGAACUGGCUGAGGACCUGGAGAGUUUCCACCGGCUGCGGAGGUCAUCCCGCUGUGUCCAUGACCACCACUGUGGCUCCAACCAGCCUGGCAGUGCCAAGGGCAGCAACCUCAGCCCCACAGCCAUCAUGACUGAAAUCCAGCCUCAGCCCUCAAGGCCGCUGCUGCCUCAAAACACGGCCAACCGCCGCAGCAUCCUGGUGAUGAAGCACAGCUACUCUCAGGACGCCUGCGAGCUGGACGACGAGCUGGACGAGGUCCCGACCACCAGCCACAGGCUGUCCAGACACGAAAAGGCAGUGCAGCGGUUCUGCCUCAUUGGGUCUCUAAGCAAACAUGAAUCAGAGUACAACACAACUAGGGUGUGAGACAAUCAGACUUCUUGAAAAUAGUGCAAUCCUGGAUCAGUACGAACAAGCUUCAGUGAAAUAUGAAAACAUGGACCGGAGAUUUACACCAGCAUGAUGACAUGGACACUUUAGUGACAAUUAUAGGGCCUACAAAACACAUUACAGAUGUAAAUAUCUCUCAGUGAAGGACAUGGACACUGUAGCAAAGAAAAAUACUUGCUUGGAAUAUCUGAAACUUGAAUUUAGGAGCAUUAAGUUAGUCCAUUGACCUUUUAUCUUCCCAUUUUCAGUCUAAAGAUCACACAAUGUCAAAUGUUCAUUUUUUUGAAAGAGAAUUAUUUCAAUUCAGUUUACAAGAAUAAGUGUGAUCAGUACUUCUUGUUUAAUGUUCUAGUGCAUGCAUUUGUUAUUUUGCUAUAAAAAGAUGUUCUGUUUUGUUUUUUUUAUACACUGGUAUUGUUGCUGAUUAUGAUUCUCCAUAUCUACAAUCUACAAAUAUUUCUAUCAUUUUUGACUUUUGCAUGUUUUACACCUAUUUGACAUUACAUUUAAUGAUUGAUCAAACCAGAUAGCUUGCCCAGACCUAUUUUACUGUAGAGUCUAAUCGAAGGCAUUGUGAAUUAAACUAAAGUCCCCCUUAGAGGCUAAUUCCUGUACUAACGUAUGCAUGCUAAAAUCUUAAUGAAAGAUAAAAUAUGUGUGGCUAACCUAAUUUAAGAAUGUUUUAUUUGAAUUGGAUGAUUUUGCAGUAUAACAUUAAAAGUGCAGGUGCUUUGACAGAAAAUACAGUAACUUCUGCUACAUUUUAGUGGCACAUAACCUUUGUACAUUAAACUUUUGUAGCUGUUUGAAAGCUGGACCACCUUUAACACUCAGUUUAUGUAUGCUUUAUGAAACAAAUGAAAAUAAUAAACUUUGACAAGCUUCCUUUUCAUCUUUCUUACGCCACCUGGGCAUAAAUCUUAAAAUGAAAAGAAGAAAAUGUUUUGUCUAACAGAGAAUAUUUGAUAUUUUCUGAAAUUGGAACAACGUGUUUGUCACUAGCAUGUUGAACUAAAUUUGUGCUAAUGGAUACAAUAUGAUAUUGUGAUGAUUUUCUUUCCCAAGUUUGAUGACUUUGAGAUUGUAUGUACAUUUCCUCUGCUACUAACAGGUAAUGCUAAAUGACUGAGUACCAAAGCAGCAAUAACAUCCUGAACAUACAGACACAUUUUUGUUGCUAAUUUUGAUGAUCUUAACAAAUAUUUUCACUCUCACUCAGCAGUAAUGCUCAUAAUGAUAUACAAUGUAAAUACCAACUGAUACUGUACCAUUAGCAAAGGCUGCAGCACAACACAAGGUAUGGAUAUAAGCAGGAACAUGGGAACUGGGGGUGCAGAGGGGGCUGCAGCAUCCCCCAUUUCAGGAUUGCAACUGUUAAAAAUAAUAAAAAAACAUUCUGAACUGUCACUUAGAUGUAUAUAUUGUUGUCAUUGACCUCAUUAUAGCAAUGCGACACAUUCUGUUUGAUGUAAACUAGCAAAAAAAAUCAAAUUAAUUGAUGUCUUUGGUCAUGUACUCUGCUUAAAUUUAAGCACGCCCUGCUUAAACCACCUUCCUGCAUCACAGGGUUAAGGCUCUGCUUCAUUGGCUCUUAGAUUAUUGUAGCAGUACAUUGUGUUUUAGCAUAAUUUAUAGCAUGUUUAGCCUAUUAUGUGAUCAUGUAACAUUUGAACCCUUGGCAAGAAAUGACGGAAGUGUUCCGUUUAUUAGCAGAUCAGACUAGCAAGCUAAAGUUGUGAUCACCAAAUUGAAUUGAUCUCUGUCAGUGCUACGACUUGAAACCAAACUCACUUGACCCUCUAAUAAAAGAUAUAUAUUUGCCUUUUAGUGAAAUGUUGAAGGAAUAGCUCAAUUACGCUAUAAUGCUAAUAUAGCUAACAGGGAAUGGAAUGGAAUAGCAGUUAGCAGGAAUUCAUUUGCAAGUGCUUUUCAAUGCCAAUUCACUUUUAUUAAUUGUUAGAAAUAUGUUUUUAGCACAUAGCAACACUGACACUGGACCUAUACGUUUAAAUGUAUGCAGCUUCAUAUUUGGAGCCAUGUUUUCUAUUUUUCCUGUGCAAAACCAAUAAAGACUGUGCAGUAAGGAGGAAAAUGUAGGAUUUUGGAGUUGACCUAAUAGUGUUU